ACCACUUACAGCAGCGCCACCACCACUGCGGCGCUCCCUUGGUCUUUGCCUACCCGCUCGACCGCUCAGCUUGGUCCAGUUGCUGCUACCAGCAGUCUCUCAGCCUCUCCACCUCCAAGAUGCUCUGCCUGGAUCCACCGAGUACCGACAGGGACUAUCCCCUGGGCUCUAAGGACCUGGAUGGAAAGGAAGGACCAUGCAAAGGAGGCGCUGCCCUACCACCCACAGGCUGCUUCCCUGGACCCUGGCGUCAGGAUGUUAGCCUGGACUGCAAGGGCUUUCCAGAAGAGGCUGAGGCUCGGGCCUGGACAGUAUACUACUACAGUCUCCUUCAGAGCUGUCUGCAGCAAGCUGGCCUUCCCGAGACCCAGGACCGCAGCCAGGCACCUCGUACAGGCUGCCCUGGGGCAGAGGUGACCUUGUGCGUUCUGGGCUCCCCCAGCACUUUUCUAUCUCUGUUGCUGGAAGGUGGGGUCCAGAGCCCUGGAAACAUGCUCCUUUGCCUGUCCCCUGCCUGGCUGAUGAAGGUGGCAGCUUCAGGCCAAGAGGGUGAGGCGUCCCUGCAGGUCUCCAAGGCUGUGAGCUUCUAUCCAGGGGGCCUGACAUUCCUGGAUGAUUUUGUUCCCCCUCGGCAUGCCACCUACUUCCUGGCAGGCCUGGGGCCAGGAUCUGGCCAUGGCAGGCAGGCCGCAGAGCUGGCUCGGAACCUCACUUGCCCCACGGGAGCCUCCGCAGAGCUGGCACGACUGCUGGAGGACCGGCUGCUGAUGAGGUGGUGCCUGUCCCAACAGCGUGAUGUGGCUGUGCCAGCUACCCUGGCUUUCACUUAUAGGCCUCCAGGGCUGCUUCGGGGAGGGGAGGCCAGCCCUGGACUACGGCUGGUGGAGCUGAGUGGGAAGGAGGGCCAGGAAACACUGGUGAAAGAGGAAGUAGAGGCCUUUGUGCACUCCGAGGCCUUGGGUGAUGCAUCACAGGUAGCUGUAAGGCUCAGUGGCUGGCGCUGGCGGGGACAGCAAGCAUUGCGUCUGCACCUGCGGCUGGAACCAUCCGCAGUGGUGAACACAGUGCUAACAUUGCUGGAGAAGCUGGAGGAGGAGGAGAGUGUCCUUGUGGAAGCCAUGUGUCCACCUGCCCGGCUGCCCUUACCAGGCAGUCCUGCACCUGGCCCUGAGUUGGCUGUGCGUGUCUGUGCAGUGGUGUGUCGGAUUCAGGGUGACAGGCCCCUACUGAGCAAGGUGGUGUGUGGCGUUGGCCGUGGGGACCGGCUCUUACGGCACCACAACACCCUGCCGAGGACACUGGGGGUGGCGCUGGCCCAGUGCGGCCUGGAAGAGGCGGCGCAAGUGGCGCUACUGGAGCAGCGCAUCAAAGAAGCAGCGGAAGCCGCGCUGACCGCAGUGCUGGCCCUGGAGGCCGGAUUGAGUGUUGAGCAGCGUGGUGGGCGCCAAGUGCACGUCGACUUCCUCGGCGUGGACUUGGUUCUCACAGUGACCGGCCGCACGCUGACCCCCGCGGUCCUUAAGCUGAACAGUGGCCUGUGCCUGGAGGCGUGCGGCGCGCUCGAGGGGAUGUGGGCCGCGCCGCGCCUGGGACGCUCUGUUGAGGAGGCGGCGGCAGCACCGCUGGUAGAGACCAUGCUGCGGCGCUCGGGGCGCCACCUCAUGGAGGGAAAGCAGUUGCUGGUGAUCGGCGCGGGCGGUGUCAGCAAGAAGUUCGUGUGGGAGGCGGCGCGAGACUACGGACUGAAGCUGCACCUGGUGGAGUCAGACCCCAACCACUUUGCAUCCCAGCUGGUGCAGACCUUCAUCCACUUCGACGUGACUGAGCACCGGAGGGAUGAGGAGAACGCACAGCUGCUGGCUGAGCUGGUACGGACGCGCAACCUGAAGCUAGACGGUUGCUUCUCCUUCUGGGAUGACUGCUUGGUGCUCACUUCUCUGCUCUGCCGUGAGCUGGGUCUGCCCUGCAGCCCCCCAGCUGCCACGUGCCUUGCAAAGCAGAAGAGCCGUACCCAACGACACCUGUUGCGAUGCCAGGGCCCACCCUGGCCUGCAACUUCCCUCCAUGCUGUGGCCUGCUGCCCACUGGAGAGCGAGGCUGAUGUGGAGAGAGCCAUCCACCAGGUACCCCUGCCAGGUGUGAUGAAACUGGAAUUUGGGUCAGGCGCAGUGGGUGUGCAGCUGGUGAAGGAUGGGCCACAGUGCCACGAGCACUUUUCCCGGAUCCUCCAUGACUUGCAGGGUGAAGCUGAUCACCCAGGCAUUGGACUGGGCUGGGGAAAUGCCAUGCUGCUGAUGGAAUUUAUUGAGGGCACAGAACAUGAUGUGGACCUGGUAGUGUUUGGUGGACGGUUGCUGGCUGCUUUUGUCUCUGAUAAUGGCCCUACUAGGCUGCCUGGCUUCACAGAGACUGCAGCCUGCAUGCCCACUGGGCUAGCACCAGAGCAGGAGGCCCAGAUGGUGCAGGCGGCUUUUCGCUGCUGCCUGGGCUGCGGGCUGCUAGAUGGAGUUUUCAAUGUGGAGCUCAAGAUGACGGGGGCUGGGCCAAAGCUCAUCGAGAUCAACCCUCGGAUGGGAGGGUUCUACCUUCGGGACUGGAUCCAGGAGCUCUAUGGUGUGGAUUUGCUGCUGGCUUCUACCAUGGUGGCCUGUGGCCUGCAGCCCGCCGUGCCUGCCCAUCCUCGUGCCCGUGGCUACCUGGUGGGCAUCAUGUGCCUGGUGUCCCAGCACAUAGAGCUGCUGAGUUCCCCUGGCAGUCGAGAGACCAUGCAAGCCCUCCAUGACAAGGGUUUAUUGCGACUCAACCUGCUGGAGGAGGCCCUGAUACCUGGCCAGUAUGAGGAGCCUUACUGCAAUGUGGCCUGUGCUGGGCCCAGCCCUGCUGAGGCCCGUCUCCGCCUGCUGGGCAUCUGUCAGGGCUUGGGCAUUGACAGGCCCAGCUACCCAGUUGUCCAUUUUCUCUCUCAUUUCAAAUAGCAGGGGUGAUGUGUGAGGGGGAGGGCCUGUAAUACUUUGUUUCCCUGCCCCCCCUUUUUUUUUUCGAGACAGGGUUUCUCUGUGGCUUUGGAGGCUGUCCUGGAACUCGCUCUUGUAGACCAGACUGACCUCGAACUCAGAGAUCUGCCUGCCUCUGCCUCCCGAGUGCUGGGAUUAAAGGCGUGCACCACCAACGCCCGGCUCCCUGCCCCUCUUUCUAUCACUUUGCCCAAAACCUUGAACUAGACACUCCUCUGUCUCAGGUCUAUUCCAGAGCAGUAGAACUAUUUUGACAUAGUCUUCCACACUCAAGGACCAUAAAAUAAGAAUCUGAAAGUUUCUGGGUCCUUUUGCUGUCCCAAAGCCUCCAUCUAGUCCCAGGUAUCCCCAGGACUCUAGUGUUUUGGAAUAUUAUUGUAACUAGGCAAAGAUGUGUUACAUUUGUUUAUGCUGCAGAAUAUUACUUUUUUUUUUUUGGUUUUUCGAGACAGAGUUUCUCUGUAUUGUUUUGGAGGCUGUCCUGGAACUCACGCUGUAGA